AUGCUCCUCGCAGCCAAAUUCGCGUUGCCAGUGAUGAUAGUCGCUAUCGCGGUGCCGCCUGCACUGGUGAGCCUCCUCGCCUGGUCCACGCACCCCGGGCCCGAACAAGAGCGGUGGCCCGGCCGGCCGCAGUUGAACAAGGUCUCGGGCGUGCCGGCAACGCCAUUCAUCACGUCCGAUCGAAUCGACCAGCUGCAGAACGGCACGUUCAAGCCCUCUAGCAAGGACAUCUGGGUCGCCACGUACCCCAAGACCGGCACCACCUGGACCCAGACCAUCGUCAACCACAUCAACGGCUUCCCGCCGCUGGAGCGCGGCCAGUACCCCUUCACGUACUGCCCCUGGCCAGAGGUCAGCCUCGGGCUGCCGCCGCUCCGGUACUCCAUCGAAGAGAUCAACGACUUCAAGCGCUGGGAAGGGCCGGUUGGCGGUUGGCGGUGCUUGAAGUCGCACUGGCACUACGCGGACCACAUGGCGGACGCGGGCAAGCGCGUCAUCUACGUGAUGCGGAACGUGCUGGAUGUGGCCACCAGCUUCUACCACCAUAGUCGCCGCUUCCACUUCGUCUACCUCGACAUGGCCGACGUCAGCUUCGACGCGUUUUUCGAGAUGCUCAAGGCGGGAAACGUCGACAACGGCGACUACUUUGACCACGUCGCGUCGUGGUGGGCAGUGAAGGACCGGCCAAACGUCUUGUUU